AUGGACGAGGACUACGACGUUAUAGUGCUCGGAACGGGGCUCACAGAAUGUAUCCUUUCCGGCCUACUUUCUGUGGACGGCAAGAAAGUGCUCCACAUCGACAGACAAGACCAUUAUGGCGGCGAAAGUGCCUCGGUGGCGCUUUCACAGCUGUACCAAAAGUUCAAGCAGAAUCCUGUGAGUAAAGAAGACAUGGAGGCGAAGUUUGGUAGAGACCGCGACUGGAGCGUGGAUUUGAUCCCCAAGUUUUUAAUGGCAGACGGCGAACUCACGAAAAUCUUGGUGCACACCGAUGUCACCCGUUACAUCGAUUUCAAGCAAGUUACGGGGUCCUACGUCUACAACAAGGGCAAAGUCUAUAAGGUCCCCGCAAACGAGAUGGAGGCGAUUUCAUCGCCCCUCAUGGGCAUUUUCGAAAAAAGGCGCAUGAAACGGUUCUUGGAGUGGAUCGGUGAGUACCAAGAAGACAACUUAAAUACACACCAAGGUCUGGACCUCGACAAAAAUACCAUGGACGAGGUUUACUACAAGUUUGGGCUCGGAAGUUCAACCAAAGAUUUUAUCGGCCACUCCAUGGCGCUGUGGACCAAUGAAGACUAUCUGGAACAGCCUGCAAGACCUUCAUUUGAGAGAAUCUUGCUGUACUUACAGAGUGUUGCUCGUUACGGCAAAUCGCCAUACCUGUACCCUCUGUACGGCCUAGGAGAGCUGCCCCAAGGCUUUGCUCGUUUGUCAGCCAUUUACGGUGGGACAUACAUGCUUAACACCCCAGUCGAGAAAGUGUUGUAUGGCGAUGACGGGAAAUUCGAAGGAGUUGUCACGAAAGAGGGCACUGCCAAGGCGCCAAUCGUAAUCGCAGACCCUACCUAUUUCCCCGAAAAAUGCAAAUCCACCGGCCAGAAGGUGAUAAGAGCCAUCUGCGUGCUAAACCAUUCUGUGCCUAACACCAAUAAUGCAGACUCCGCGCAGAUCAUCAUUCCACAGUCCCAAGUGGGCAGGAAGAACGACAUUUACAUUGCUGUGGUGUCUGACUCCCACAACGUGGCUUCCAAGGGCCAUUACUUGGCGAUUGUUUCCACCAUAAUUGAGACCGAUAAGCCACAUGUUGAACUCGAGCCAGCUUUCAAGCUUCUGGGAGCCAUCGAAGAGAGAUUCAUGGGGAUUGCCGAGAUUUUCGAGCCCAAGGAAAGCGGCGCUGCUGACAGCGUUUAUUUGUCCAGAUCCUACGACUCUUCUUCUCAUUUUGAGUCUAUGACCGACGACGUCAAGGACAUCUACUUCAGAGUCACCGGUCAUCCUUUGGUAUUGAAAAAAAGAUCCGACGAUAACGAAGAACAGGAGUAA